ACUGACACUGCACUGACUGGCAUCACUGCUGGGCAUGACACUGCUGGGCACUGUGGCGGCACUGACUGGCACAACCCCUGGGCACUGACUGGUGGCACUGACUGGCAGCACUGGUGGGUGGGCACAGGUGGGUGGCACAGGUGGGCACAGGUGUGUGACACUGCAGAGUGGCACAGGUGGGUGCACUGCUGGGCACAGGUGGGUGCACUGCUGGGCACAGGUGGGCGGAGCUAGUGGGCGCACUGCUGGGCACAGGUGGGCGGAACUUGCGGGUGGCAUUGCUGGGCACCGAUCAUCAGGGCACUGAUCAUCAGUGCCCUGAUGAUCGGUGCCGAUCCCCGCUCUGACAACUGCCGGUUCUCGGCAGUACUUUCCUCACGAUCUGACAGCGUGAGGAAAGUGCAGCCGAGAACCGGCACUUGCAU